GCCUUUUUCUUUUAGCCUGAAUGGUACAGAGUUUUCUUCUACCCAACAAAUGUUCCUUUGUUUAUAUGCUUUACUUUUCAUUAUACCACAUACAACGUGAAUACUACCUAAAACAUUUAAUCUGCUGUUUUUAGGAAUCCGUUGAAACCUAUUGAGGUUUCUUGAUUUCUAAGAAGAAAAAGUUACAUUCAAAUAAAAGAAACUAUAUUUUGUCUAUAAAUAACCGUAUAGUUCGAAUUGCAUGAGUCGUUACAGGGCAAAAGUUGACGUUCAUAAUAACUGACCGAGAUACGAAGAUUUUUCUUUUUUUUCCUACAAUAAAAAAAGAAAUUUUGCAAAUCUUUCGUUGCCAUCAACCAAGGUUAACGCUCUUUUCUUGAUUUAAUUCUUCAUAGGGAUUUCCCUUUCGUAUCUUAUGGAGAAUCUAUAAUUUUUGCGUUGAUAUCCUUCCAUUUUCUUUUUACUUUUGCUCGCCUAUAUAUAUUUUUUUUCUAAGUAUUAUUAUUACCUCCUAAUCCUAGCCGGUUUAACCCAAGUGCCUGUCAUUUUGGGGUCUAUAUCGCUACACCUAGAUUAUUUAUCAAAUAGGAAUAUAGUUAUUGACAUGGAAUCUCAGUCAAAAAAAUCGUCUACUUUGCGGGCGCUAUCUGGACUUUUUAACGGGACUAUUAGCUCGUCAUCUGAUUCCGUUGGGGGUAUUGAUCGAAAGCUCAACAACCAUCAAAAGCACAUUAAGAAUUCACCUACAAAGGUUCAUCCGAUUAAAACCGAACUGAGUGGAAGCUCUCCUCAUGGAAGUAAUAUGUCUAGUCCAGUUGCCUCGCCCUCUUCACGAUCAGCUACAGAAACGAAGUCAAGUCCUCCUCUUCAUGCGCCCACCGCUCGAUCUAGUACUUCUAUGGAGGGUGGUAUUGGAAAGCGAGUUUCAUCCAAGUUUGCCAAGUAUCUUUCUCAAACAGACGAUGCGUGGGGUUUGUCGAAUGUGAUGACUCCAAAAUCACUUUGUAAGUCGAACAGAGCGUCCACACCCACGUCUUCUGGUUGGAGCGUUUUUCCCAGAGGAGGUCAAGACCCUACGUAUUCCAGGACGAUGCCUCCAUUUAGCAGAGUUUCUUCUAAUCAAUCUACGCCGCGUUCAGCAGAAGUGGAAAUUGCAGAGGCAAAUGCACAUAUUUCUCGAAUAAAAAAGUUCGUGCGAAUUUUAGAUGCUCCAGUAGUUGAUUUAAAUGCUUUGAGAACUUUGGCGUGGAACGGUAUACCCGCUCAGUUACGACCUAUUGUUUGGAAGUAUUUGUUAGGUUACCUGCCGUGCAAUGCCUCUCGACGGGAUUCAACUUUACAAAGAAAGCGAGACGAGUAUCUAAGCGCGAAGGAUGCUAAUUUUCGUAAUGGGUCGGAUCUCUCUGUUCUUGACCAGAGUAUUUGGCGUCAGAUUGUCCUCGAUGUUCCUCGUACAAAUCCUUUUAUACCCCUUUAUCAAAAUCCGGUGACUCAAAGAAUCCUUGAACGUAUACUUUAUGUUUGGGCCUCACGACACCCUGCUAGCGGUUACGUUCAAGGUAUAAGUGAUCUUGUAACUCCAUUUUUUCAAGUUUUCCUUUCCGAAUAUGCUAAUGAUAAUGAACCAAUGACUUAUGACGUCUCUCUUCUUGAUGAACCUACACUCAACAAUAUAGAAGCCGAUUCUUACUGGUGUCUUUCCAAACUAUUAGAUGGAAUUCAAGACAAUUAUAUUCAUGCUCAACCAGGAAUUCAUCGGCAAAUUAAUAAUCUUCGUGAACUUACGCAGCGAAUAGAUGAACCUCUUGUUGCACAUCUCCAGGCAGAGGGUGUCGACUUUAUGCAGUUCAGUUUUCGUUGGAUGAAUUGUCUUUUGAUGCGUGAGCUAAGUAUUACAAACAUUAUUCGUAUGUGGGAUACAUAUUUGGCUGAAGGAACGCAAGGAUUUUCAGAAUUUCAUUUGUAUGUUUGCGCUGCCUUUUUGGUCAAAUGGUCCAUAGGAUUACAGCAAAUGGAAUUUCAAGAUAUACUAAUGUUUUUACAAUCAAUCCCUACUGACAGCUGGACUGUUAGUGAUAUUGAAAUUUUACUUUCUGAAGCAUUUCUUUGGAAGUCGCUAUAUAGUGGGGCGGGUGCCCACUUGAAACGAUAACCUUGAAAUAAAAAGAAAAUACUGAACCCGUUCUUCUUUCUGUAUACUAUGAUGGGUUGAUUGACUUUUAUUUUAAGCUGAGAUAUCCCUUCGUAUGAGUCUCUGAUAAUUAUUUGCAAUGGCCUAUAGCCCCUUAUCGAGUACAAACAUUUAAAUAUUGUUUGUUGUAUGCAAGUAUGAUUACGUCCUUCUAGGAUCAUUAUUUAUUUAUCACGCUUUCCCAUAGAUGUAUGAAUAUAAAACUUCUUUCCUGAACCUUCUCUUCGUUUCAGUAUUUCCUCAAAUAUUUGAUGACUUUUAUCUCUGCCUUUAUUGUAUAGCAGUGACUGAACAAUCUAAUUACUGGACCCUUAAUGCCGCUUUUGGUCUUAACAAAGUGUUAGGCUUUUUGCAGACUUGCACAAGCCGAAUAAGAUAAUCAUAGAUCCAGUUUUACCUAUUUUUUUUCUUUGUUUAUUCUGAAGUAACAUAUACGCUUAGCAUAUUUCC